AUGCCUUCUUCCCAGUACAGACAUGAAACCACCGGCUCUGGAAGCCGACAUGGUCAAUCUGUGCGUGAAGCUAGUGGCCGCCCGGGCGAAGUCCGUGUGAUAUCUUACCGCGAUGCAGAAGGCGUUCAACGAGUCGUCAGACUGGAGUACAGACCUGAUGUUAUCCUGGAGGAGCGCCGCCCUAGGAAUGCCACUGCAUUUGAAGAGCCACCGCAGUCUCUAUCAGGAGCAUACAUCCGACGUGCUGCGGCCCAUGAGCCAGCCUCUCAAGACGUCGACCACAGUACGCAUCUUCGUCACGACAACCUGGUCGCUCCGCGGGCCGCCAGGAGUCACCCUUCGGUGUGGAUCGAGUUCAUGAUGCAUCGAGACGCUCUGGAGGAGCAACUGGCGCGGCUAGACAAUUCAAUGUCCGCCCUGUAUACGAGGAGCGCCGUCCCCGCUACAUCGACGACGCUCGAAGAUACGGUCAUCAGCCGAGCUACCAGCCGAGUGAACGAGAACAACAUCCCGAUCAUCGACCGGCUCGACGACAAGAGAAAGAGCGAUAUUAACAAAGUAUGA